ACUACAUUGUAUUUCUUAAUGUGUGAGGUGUUAAUUUAAUUUUUGUUCGACUAUUUUAUCUGAUUUUACUUAUGAAGUUUCAGGGAUAAUCCUGAUAAUCAAUGAACAUUGUUACCAUUUAUUUGCUCUUCAAAAUUAUCAUCUUGUCAUUAGGUUUCGACAUCAGUUAAGCAUAAUCUGUUCUUUGCUAUGACUAAGCAGUUGGGAGCUUGAGUUCCCCUUAUUUCUUCUCCUUUUCAACGUGCCUUGUCUGGCCAAGUCUUGUUUUGUUUACUUUUUUGUGACCCUUAUUCCGAGGAUUUCUGGCCCAUUUUACAGGCACAUUCAUAUUCUAACCCCUUCUAUAAUCUAUCAUUACGUGGUGAAACUGUUCUUUAUUCUUCCAUUUUAUUCCAAUGUUUUGUUAAUCUCAACAAAUGAUCUCUUGAAAUACUGUAUUAAACAUUCCAACCCGUGCAAGUGAAACCUUUAUAAUUGAGACUCUCUUGUGCACCCAAUACUGAUCAACAAUCACUAGGUGUACUUUAGCAACUAAUCCUUUGGAUUUUAUUGAUUUAAAGUGUGAUACUCAGUUACCUGGAAAAUAAUCAUGAUAUCCUGCGUGGUUAGGCAAUCGUCUAUUUUAUUUAGAUCAAAUUUCCGCAAUUCAUCGAUCUGUUUCAAUUCGCUAAGAAAGAUGUCAUUCGAAAAGAUCAAGUGCGGACCCAUCGUUGAGAUGAAAGGAGAUGAGAUGACUCGAAUUAUUUGGGAAUUGAUCAAGGAUAAGCUGAUUUUCCCAUUUGUAGAGCCUGAACUCCAUGUUUAUGAUUUGGGAAUCGAAGAAAGAGAUCGUACAGAUGACCAAGUCACCAUUGAUUGUGCCCAUGCUAUUUUGAAGUAUAAUGUUGGAGUUAAAUGUGCCACAAUUACACCUGAUGAAGCUCGAGUGGAAGAAUUCAAAUUGAAAAAGAUGUGGUUAUCACCAAAUGGAACUAUUCGUAAUAUUCUUGGUGGAACAGUUUUCCGUGAGCCGAUCAUUUGUAAAAAUAUCCCUCGACUUGUUCCUGGAUGGACAAAACCCAUUAUUAUCGGUCGUCACGCUUAUGGUGAUCAAUAUAAAGCUACUGACUUUGUCGUACCUGGUUCUGGAAAAUUAGAAAUUAAAUUUACACCUACUGAUGGGGGUGAAACCAUUGAAAGAACUGUCUUCGAAUUCAAAGAUGGCGGCGGAGUUUCUCUAUCAAUGUACAAUACCGACAAGAGUAUUGCUGAUUUCGCCCGAAGUUCUUUCCAAUACGCUCUUGCUCGUGAAAAACCUCUUUACUUGAGUACUAAAAACACUAUCCUCAAACGAUAUGAUGGUAGAUUUAAGGAUAUUUUCCAAGAAAUUUACGAGAAAGAAUACAGAAGCCAAUACGAAGGAAAAGGAAUUUGGUAUGAACACAGAUUGAUUGAUGAUAUGGUUGCUCAAGCUCUUAAAUCCGAUGGUGGGUUUGUUUGGGCUUGCAAGAAUUAUGAUGGAGAUGUUCAAUCUGAUUCAAUCGCUCAAGGUUAUGGAAGUCUUGGAAUGAUGACAUCUGUUCUUAUCUGUCCUGAUGGUAAAACUAUUGAAGCUGAAGCUGCUCAUGGAACAGUAACUCGUCAUUAUCGACAACAUCAACAAGGAAAGGAAACCUCAACCAAUCCAAUUGCUUCUAUAUUUGCAUGGACUCGAGGUUUUGCUCACAGAGCUAAACUAGACAACAAUGAACGAUUAUCAAAUUUUGCUGAUACUUUGGAAAAAGUGUGCAUUGAGACAAUUGAAUCUGGCUUUAUGACCAAAGAUUUGGCCAUAAGUAUCAAGGGAAUGGCCAAUGUCACUCCAUCUGAUUAUCUCAACACUUUCGCUUUCAUGGAUAAAUUAGGGGAAAACAUGCGAGUCAAACUUGGCUGUUGACUGUUUUCACCAGUUUCAAAACUUUAGGAAGUUGAAAAAAGCUGGAAAAUAUCGUGAACUACGCUUUAAUCUUUCUAUCUUUCUUGAACCUAGAAUUUGGUAUCAUUGUUGAUCUGGAACAAUUUAUUGUUAAAUUUAAUCCAUUUCACCCUCAUUCAUAUAUUUUGGUUAAAAUUGUUUUCCUUCAUUGACAAACCGCUUUCAUAUAAGUUCCAUUGAGAAUUUAUUUCUUUUUUGAAAGUCUGGUAUUUCACUAAAGUGGUUAGAGUUAAAUAUCAAUAAAUUUAUUUAUAAUUUUCACAAAACACGAAUCUUAUGCAUGUGCCCUAUGUGUCUAAUCUAUAACAAAAACUAUUAUUGAUUGAAAUAAUUAUUUGGUUACAUUUCUCAUGCUAUUGCCAUUAAUUUGACUACUCAAUUUUUAUUUAAAAUAACUUUUAUUUAGCCAUAUCAAUUAAAAUAAAAACCAAGAAAAUUAUA